GUGCCCUCUCUGUACAGACCAAAACAACUAGCACAUGUCUGCACUUUUCUACACCUUUUCUGCGCUUUUCCGCCAUGUUUGACGCACAAUUCGUACAUUUUAGUUAUCCGUGAGUAUGGCACAAUCAGACAUGUCCACUCCUCUGCUGGACCCCCAGGACCCCAUGGAGUCUGUACCCCUCAGCGUGGGGGACCCUAUGGUGUGUAUCCUGGGUUCUGGGGACUUCUCGCGGUCCCUGUCCUCUCGGCUCCGGUGCUGUGGCUGCAGAGUGGUGGUGGGCAGCAGGGACCCCCAGAGACUACCCCCUGGUCUGUUUCCUGAAGGGGUGGAGCUUAAGACUCAAAGGGGGGCAUUGGAGGCUCUGGCAGAGGCUGAAGGGUCCCUGGUGUUCCUGGCGCUGUACCCGGAGCACUACCCCUCUCUGCUGACUCUUCGGCCGCUGCUGUCGGGGAGGAUCUUGGUUGAUGUGAGUAACGCCUCCAGUCUGAAGCAGGAGGGCCUGUCUAAUGCACAGAGACUGGCCCAGAUGUUCCCCUGCUCCUCCGUGGUCAAGGGCUUCAACGGGCUCUCCGCCUGGACUCUGCUGACGGGGGCAUACGACCACAGCAGACAGGUGCUGGUGUGUGGUGACUGCCCCUCCUCUAAGCUCUCGGUCCUGGCUUUGGCUCAGCGGCUGGGCUUUGGGGCAGUGGACGUGGGGGGGCUGAGUGCAUCGAGGGCCCUGGAGGAGGCACCACUGCUCCUGUUCCCAUCCUGGAGAGGCCCUCUGCUCACCACCAUGCUACUGUUUUCCUUCUUCUACCUCUACAUUGCCCUCAAAAACGUUCUGAUGCCUUUCCUGGACCGAGCGGAGAACAACCUGCACCACCUGCCCCUGAUCACGGUGAACCAGGCCCUGCCUGCUGUGGCCCUGGUGAUGCUGUCACUGGUCUACAUGCCAGGCCUGUUGGCAUCUGUGCUGCAGCUCUACAGAGGCACUAAGUACAAGCGCUUCCCUGAUUGGCUGGACCAGUGGAUGUGCGCUCGCAAACAGCUGGGACUCCUAAGCUUCCUGUGCGCCGCUCUUCACGCCGUCUACAGCGUGUGCCUGUCCAUACGCAGAGCCUCGGGGUAUAUGAUCCUCAAUGCAGCUUAUCAACAGGUAAAGGCAGGUGUAGUAGACUCGUGGGUGGAGACGCAGGUGUGGAGGUCGGACUUGUACCUCUCUAGUGGAAUUCUGGGACUUGGAGUUCUGUGUGUGCUGGCCCUGACCUCACUGCCCUCUGUUGGACAAGCUCUGAACUGGAGGGAGUUCACUUUUGUACAGUCAGGCCUGGGCUACACCUCCCUCGUCCUCUCCGUCGCCCACGUCCUGUUCUUUGGGUGGGACUUUGCGUUCCUCCCAAGGGCGUACCAGUACUACCUGCCCCCAGUGUUCCUGCUGUCUUUGGUCUUGCCCUGCUGCGUGCUGAUUGGCCGGUUCCUCCUGCUCCUGCCCUGCUGUUCGGUCCCACUGAACAGGAUUCGGAGGGGCUGGGAGAGCAAGCAGAACAAGCCCGAGAGAGAGAGACAGGAGAAUGGAGCUGUGUUUGGAGAUGUGUAGGACGUCAUGCUAAUGUGUGUGGUUUUAUAUAAUUUUAUAAGAUAUUGUCAAUGAAUUGUCUUUUUUAGCACUUUAUUGCAGUUUUUAUUAUGAUUUCACAAUGUUUCAAAAUUAUUGGUUUAUAAUUGUCCAUCUUGUGCCUUUUUCCUGCUUAAGGAAUGGAAAAGAAGGGUGUAUCUCAAUAGCUCAGCUCAAGUAUUCUACCUCUCACUACCACUUCUACAGUUUCUGUUUGCCUUUUUGUUAU